AUGGCAUCGCCGCCUCCUUUGCCUCCAAGGGACGCUUCUCAGCUGCCUCCACCGCCUCCUUACUCAGAGGUGGAGGAAUCACAGGGCUCGCUGAACACGGGCCCGUCGAUUCUAGACUCAAAAGUCCCUCGUCCCUCGUCAUCACAGUCUCUGGCACCAUCAAGAUCCGACUCGGAUGGCAGGCGGACCCUCCUCUUGGUCUACAUCCAUGGAUUCUAUGGCAAUGACCAGUCUUUUCAGUCGUUCCCUGCGCAUGUCCACAAUGUGCUGCGUGAGACUUUGUCAGAAACCCACGCCGUGUAUUCCAAGGUUUACCCUAGAUACAAAACGUAUAAGUCAAUAGAGGUCGCCAGGGAUAACUUCAGUGCUUGGUUAGAGCCUCACGAGUCGCCCAAAACCGAUGUCAUCCUCAUUGGCCACUCCAUGGGGGGCCUAUUGGCUGCCGAGGUUAUUCUCAUGCCCAAUCGGAUCUCAUCCAGCCAACAGCCCUUGAGGCAUCGUAUUCUAGGAUCUCUAUCAUUAGAUUCACCAUUUCUGGGACUUCACCCCGGAAUUGUAGCCUCGGGAAUCUCCAGCCUCUUCCAUUCUUCCCCAGCUCCCCCAAACCAGGACGCCGCCUCAUCUUCUUCGGGUGACCUGGGGCCCUCAUCUCCCGCCUCAUUCAAUAGUAUAGCAAGUGGAUCGAGAGAUCCCAACUUCGACCCCCCAUACUUCAAUGAUAGCCCAUUUAGGGAGCAGCCUUUCCUCACCCGCAUGCUUCGUUUCGGCUCUAAACAUUGGUCUGAGGGCAUCUUCACUGCCUUGGGUAAUCACGUUGCUGCGCACCUGGAAUUCGGCGGAUGCCUGGCAGACUAUCCCGGGCUCAAAUCCAGAUACAACCAGCUCCGUGCUCUUGAGGAUAUUGAUGAUUUUCAAUCCCUGAGUGUUACCUCGUCCAACAGACCGCGCUCUCGUGUACGGUUUCUCAACUAUUACACACUAUCUCCUGGCCGUCCUAAACAACCAGCUACAACCAAGGGCAGUCGGGAUACCAGCCAGGUCGAUCUCUCUGCAGAAUCUGCACCUGAGAUCAAGAUUGAAGACGAGAUAAAUAACAAGCUGGUCGAUGCAAUAAUUUCAGCCAGGUUAGAGGACGAGGAAAGAAACCAGACCGAUGCCGGCCUUUCUGAAGUCAAAGCCUCUGCUAAUGAUGAUGAUCUGGAUAAGACGGCAAAGGUUCAUUUGGGACCAAAAGAGAACCAAAAUAUUGACGAUUCCAGUUCAAUUGUUAAGCAAAACGAACUGAGAGAACAAUCUGUUGAUAUAAACCGGCUAUCUAUGCAGUCUAUGCAAUCUAUGCAGAAUAUUGAUCCUAUUCCUAUGGAUGAAGAUGAGCAUAAUUCUGCAGAGCAAGAAUCAGAAACCGCCGCGCCGGAUAUCUUAGAUAUACCACCACCCCCUUCCACCGAAGACAAAACCGAUGGAAAGGAUGAUCCAUCAGAAAAAGCUCAGGCUCCUCCUAAUCUAGAUCUCCCUCCAAUUCCCAAUCUCCCCAACCCCCCCGAACAGCCCGACCUAUCACAAUAUACAGACAAAGACUCCCGUAAACAGGCAGAAAAAGAAUUCACCCGUCGUCAAAAGGCCUACGAGCAAGCCGCCAAAGACCGCACAAAGGCCAUCCGCGAACGCGAAAAGCUACUGGACAAGCUCCAAAAGAAGGCCCAAAAGGAUGCGGACAAGCUAGAAAAGGACACCAAGAAGCAGCAGCAGAAAUCCGAACAAGACAAGAAGAAGCUCGAAAAGGAAGAAGAAAAGGCCGCAAAGGCAGAAAAGAAGCGACUCGAAAAGGAAGCCGCAGCAGCAGCGAAACAGCAGCUCGCAGAUCAAACAAAACAGCGCGCCAUGGCUGCCGCCACUAGCCAAGACAUGGCAUCGUCGACGUCUUCCCUAGCUGCGUCCGUCGCCUCUCCUCGUUCUGAGACGGAAGCUGAAACGCGGGGGGGGAAGUCCAAGAAGCUCGGCAAAUUUUGCACCACGCCGCACAAGACGGACGGCGUCAUGGAUCCUACGUGGGUGAGCGUGUUUAUGGAUGGUAUGGACGAAGUGACUGCCCAUUGUGGGCUGUUCUUUCCGGGGCCCCAUUAUCACAGGCUGGUGGGCGAUGUUAGCGGUCGCAUUGUGAGCUGGGUGCAGGAAGAUCUUUCCGUGAGAGCGGUAUUGGAAAUGGCGCCUGAAUAG